GAGUGCAGGCCAACGAGCGAGACAAAAGAGGCUGCGGCUACAUUCAAUGUGCCGGUGGUGUGUCCGUCUCCGAAGCCACAGGCAAACCACAUUCCCCCCCCACACACCCUCCAUCCCUCCCUCCUCCUCCUCCACCCCUCUGGCUCUUUUAUGCUAAGGACGGCAGAGAGAGAGAGAGAGAGAGAGAGAGAGAGAGAGAGAGGGAAAAUCCGACUGCGAUAUUAGAAUUUGCUGGAAGCGCAAAGUUGCAGGACUUGGAAGAAAAAAAAACGCUCCCUCGGACCCGGGUAGUCUCUCUCUCUCUCCCUCUCCCCCCCCCUUUUUACGCGUCGAGUGCGGUGCCGUGUGCGGCUGGAGAUAUAAACCCAGAACAAAGGAGACUUGAGGCGAAGGUGGGGGUGGUGGUGGUGGUGGUGGUGGUGUUGUGGGGGAAAUGAGCGAGCCGAGACUAGCUCUGCCUUUACCUUUGAAACCGGGCCAAAUGCCUCUCUGAGACCGACGGUAGCACAUCGGGCUGCGCGUAUUUUCUCGACGAAAAGAUCACCGCCCCAGAAAGGGAGGAAAAAGGAGGAGAAGAAGGAGGAGGAGAAGGAGGACAGACGACGCACACACACACACACACACACACACAAGUCGGCGGCUACAAUGUUUCCACAAAACCGACCACCGUUGGCAUUCUUCUCAUCCCAGGCACCUUUGCAGCCACCCCCGGGGUCCUCGGCCUCAGUGGUGGCAGCAGCAGCAGCCGCAGCCGCAGCCGCAUCGGGGACGCCCCAGUCGCUGAAGCUAACCUACCCAGAGACUUUGGACCGCAUCAAGGAGGAGUUUCAGUUCCUCCAGACCCAGUACCACAGUUUGAAACUGGAAUGUGAGAAACUGGCCACAGAGAAGACGGAGAUCCAGAGGCACUACGUUAUGUAUUAUGAGAUGUCCUACGGCCUUAACAUUGAAAUGCACAAACAGACGGAGAUUGCCAAGCGGUUGAACGUGAUCUGUGCUCAGCUCAUCCCGUUCCUGUCACAGGAGCACCAACAACAGGUGGUCCAGGCCAUGGAGCGCGCCAAACAGGUGACCAUGGGGGAGCUAAAUGCUUCGAUAGGGGUACGUGGGCUCCCCCCUCUGCCUCAUAGCCAACAGCUUCAGGCCCAGCACCUCUCCCAGCAUGCCCAGGGUUUGCCAAUGGGCCCACACCCAUCAGGACUGUCCCACCCCGGCCUGGCGCUCGGCGGAGGGUCCGGCCUGCUGGCCUUGUCCGGGGCUCUGGGAGCCCAGUUGGCUGCUAAGGAUGAGAGAGCUCACCUCGAGGCAGCAGCCGCAGCCGCUGCAGCUGCAGAGCACCACAGAGAUCGUGAAGCAGGACCCAGCUCUCUGUCCAAUGGGGAUAAGGGUCGCCCAGCAGAAUACCUCAGCAAUGGCAAGAAGAGGAAAGCUGAUGAGAAGGAGUUCAUGACCGACUAUGGCAGCGAUGCGGAUAAGAGUGAUGAUAAUUUGGUGGUGGAUGAGGACCCGUCGUCCCCCCGCAGUGUGCAGUCUUACUCGUCCAGGGAGAACGGCCUGGACAAGAUGCCUCCCUCGCGUAAGGAGGGACCCCCGCAGGCCAGCCCCGCCUCCCUCGCCUCCUCGAGCAGCGCACCCUCCCCGUCUCGUGGCAAAGAGCCCCCACAGAGGGAGAAGUCCAGUACUCCAGGUAUGAAGCCAGGGACCCCCAUGUCUCAAGAUUCCAACACCCCGGGACCCAGCGGACCUCCACAGUUCAGACCUGUCCCUGGCAAGCCUGGUGUCGAUCCCCUCGCUCUGGGUCUGAGAAACCCCCUGGCGGUGCAGGGAGCGUAUCCUCCGGGGGCUUUCGGCCUGCCUCCAGGGGUGAACGGGGACCUGGCCGGGGCGGCGGGUUAUGGCGCCGGACUCCACUUAGUCUCCCCCCAGAUGAAUGGAGCUGCAGCGGCAGCAGCAGCAGCAGCAGCAGCUGCUGCAGGCUACGGACGGUCCCCUGUGGUGGGCUAUGAGUCUCCACACCCACAUAUGAGGGUCCCCGGGCUGCCUGCCAGCCUGCAGUCAGCCACCUCCGGAAAACCCGCCUACUCGUUCCAUGUGAGCGCAGACGGUCAGAUGCAGCCGGUGCCCUUUCCCCCCGACGCCCUGCUGGGCCCGGGAAUCCCUCGCCACGCCCGUCAGAUUCACACCCUGAACCACGGAGAGGUGGUGUGUGCCGUCACCAUCAGCACCUCGACACGCCACGUCUACACCGGAGGCAAGGGCUGCGUCAAGGUGUGGGACAUCAGCCAGCCUGGAAGCAAGAGCCCCAUGGCCCAGCUGGACUGUCUGAACAGGGAUAACUACAUCCGCUCCUGCAAGCUGCUCUCGGACGGACGGACCUUGAUCGUCGGCGGCGAGGCCAGCACGCUGUCAAUCUGGGAUUUGGCCACGCCCACUCCUCGCAUCAAGGCAGAGCUGACGUCGUCUGCGCCCGCCUGCUACGCUCUGGCCAUCUCCCCCGACAACAAAGUCUGCUUCUCCUGCUGCAGCGACGGCAACAUUGUCGUCUGGGACCUUCACAACCAGACGCUGGUCAGGCAGUUCCAGGGCCACACUGACGGAGCGAGCUGCAUCGACAUCUCCAACGACGGCACCAAACUGUGGACGGGAGGUUUGGACAACACGGUCCGCUGCUGGGACCUCCGAGAGGGACGGCAGCUCCAGCAACACGACUUCACCUCGCAGAUCUUCUCUCUGGGCUACUGUCCGACAGGCGAGUGGCUGGCUGUGGGGAUGGAGAGCAGUAACGUGGAAGUCCUGCAUGUCUCCAAACCCGACAAGUACCAGCUGCACCUCCAUGAGAGCUGCGUCCUCUCCCUCAAGUUUGCCUACUGUGGUAAAUGGUUUGUGAGCACAGGCAAAGAUAACCUCCUGAAUGCAUGGCGGACACCUUACGGAUCCAGCAUAUUCCAGUCUAAGGAGUCUUCGUCGGUUCUCAGCUGUGAUAUCUCCCCUGACGACCAGUUCAUCGUCACUGGCUCCGGGGACAAGAAGGCCACAGUCUACGAAGUAAUCUACUGAACACUUGAUUGGCUGAAAAAAACAACAACUAAUAAUCAGGGGGCGGGGCCAAGGCUCCCUCCUGCACCAAUGACUGUACAGAGCGUCGGUGGCAUGGGAAACAAGAGACACUCAACUCGUACUUUGUUGUUUUGUUUACGUUUGUGAAAGAAAUGAGAAAGAGAAGCAAAGGGGGCACAAAGUCACAUCUCUGGAAAAAAACAAACAAACUUUGAACUUUGUUUUUAAUGCUCUGAGAACGCUGGUUAGUCUAUAGCUGCGCAAUUGUGGGAUUCCUCCAAAGAACUUUUGCUUUUGUUCCUUUUUGUUCCUUUUUUAACAAAAUAAAACCUCUGUAGUGAACAAGAAAUUAGCAACAACAAAAAAAACCAACUUAUUUUUUUAGCCUUUUGAAUUUUUCGCAAACAGUUGGACGGCAUCGAGUGGAAAAAGACAUGGGACUGAGGAAGUGAGGGAAGGGUUUAGGGGGGGGGGGGCUGGGAAAUCUUCAUGGAAAUAUCCGGUCCAUAUUCUGUGCUGUGUAAAAAGUCCCAGCCUGGCUCAGCUGCUCCGGUUUGGCCUGGUCUGGUCCAGCUACGCGGCUGCUCCUCGGGGCAGCAGAUGCAUGGCAGGAUGGUUUGCUGUGAGGUUUAAGCUUUUUCUUCUUCUCAUGGCUAAGUUUCAACAGCAACAUGAUUGUAUCAUCUCCAGUACAUACAUGACAGAACAGGGCUCGGUUUUCUCCAAAGUGUCCUGAGAGUUUGUGUUUGUAUCUUUUUUUCUUUUAUAUAUAAAAGAACAAAUCCAGACUUAUUGUGGAGAUGUUUUUUUGGGGGAAACCACCCUGGAACAGAAAACCACGACCCCGAGGACAGAAAACUGAAGUCAGCUCAAACCGCUCACAACAGACACUCUCCAAGUUUUGGGGAUGUUGCCUCCGCUUCGUCACCGUCAUCCUUGACACUCAACAUUAAAUGUUUUUUUUAUUGUAUUCAUUAGGGCACAUAUAGGCAGACAGGUAUUUUCACAACUGCAUCAUGACCUUGAACCUUGCUAUAUAUGGACAUGUAAAUAAAGUUCUCUAA